AUGUUCAAAUCGGCGCUCCACAAGCUUGGGAAGAAGGAGAAGCAUGGCGGCGGGUCGCACUUCCUCCAAGCUGCGUCGUCGGCGUCGACGGGCUUUUUUGGCCGCAAAAAGUCGGGCUCGAGCCAGCACCCGCCGCUGCCAGGCAGCGUCAAGGCCUCGCCGUUCUGCAAUGCACAGCUGCCGCCGGUGUGGGCGACGCCGCCGCCGAUUCCAAAGGGCCUGCCCGCGACCAAGUCGCCGGCCAAAGACGCCGUGGCCACGGGCCUCGGGCCGCGCAAUGCCGCGGGUAACUUGCGCUCGGAGCAGUUCGCGACGCUCCUUAAGAACGACAAGCAAGACUCGGUGGACCUCGAGAAGCUACGCGAGCUCAGCUGGGGCGGCGUGCCCGUCGAGUUUCGACCGCUCGUGUGGAAGCUUCUUUUGAGCUACGUGCCGUCGCACAAAGAUCGGCGCGAUGCCAUGCUCCAGCGCAAGCGUGCCGAGUACGGCGAGCUCCUUCGCCAGUUUUACUACAUCCCCGACACGGACCGUGGCAUGAAGGAGCAGGAGACGCUGCACCAGAUUCUCAUUGACAUUCCGCGCACGAACCCUGGCGUCCCGCUCUUCCAGCACCAGUCGAUCCAAAAGAGCAUGGAGCGCGUCCUGUACAUUUGGGCGGUUCGCCAUCCUGCGUCCGGGUACGUCCAAGGCAUCAAUGACCUCUUGACGCCGUUCGUGACGGUCUUUCUCUCGAGCUUUGUCGACGACCCGGAGCGAAGCGACUUGAGCGGUGUCUCGGACGAAACACUCCAGGAGGUCGAGGCCGACAGCUACUGGUGCCUCACCAAGCUUCUCGACGACAUCCAGGACCACUAUACGUUUUCACAGCCGGGCUUGCAGCGCAUGGUGCAGCGCAUGGAAGACCUCGUCAAGCGCUGCGACGCUGACUUGUACACGCACAUUGUCGAGACCGAGUCGGUGCAGUUUGUGCAGUUUGCGUUCCGCUGGAUGAACUGCCUCCUCAUGCGCGAGUGCCCACUGCACGCGAUCAUUCGGCUCUGGGACACGUAUUUAUGCGAGGACAAUGGCUUUGAGAACUUCCACGUCUACGUCUGCGCGGCCAUUCUCAUGACCUUUGGCGACAUGCUCAAGGAAAUGGAGUUUCAGGACCUCGUGCUCUUUCUCCAGAGCCUCCCGACCAAAGAGUGGGAAGAAGACGACAUUGAACCGCUCCUCUCGCGCGCGUACAUUCUCCAAACGUACUUUGCCGACGCGCCCAACCACAUUCCCCAAGCCAAGCAGCAGUAG